AAGUCGCUCGCUCGAUUGGGAAAAAGUCCUGGCUUUUCAGCUCUCUCCGCUUGCCUGCGUGGUGUUUCCUCUCGUCUGAUUCUGGCUCUGUGGUGGACUCAGACUUGAUGUAGGAUCUUGCCCGGUGAACUUGAAUGCCAAUUCUGGUCUCUCUAUUUCCUGUUUGGGGAUAAAAAAAGAAGAGGAAAAACUCUGGAACUUUAUUAUCAGGAGUCUGUAGACUCCUUACUUCACUUCCAAUGAGGGGAAAGUGUAAUUCAAGAUGGCCUGUCAGGCCAGAGUUGUGUGUGAUCUCAAUGUUCCUUGCAGUCUCAUUUUAUCGAAACGGAGUGACAGCACGAGUUCAACUUCCCUUGUACUUGGCAGAAACAUUGGAGACGCUGGAAUGCCCGGAUGACAUCAGGAUCGGGGAAAAUGACUUACCAGGUUGGGAUGUGAUCAGGCUGUUUACAUUGGACGACCAGGCGUCAGGCAUUAAAGAGAUCCCUGGUUCUAACGAGUAUCAAACAGCUUACAAGAUCAACAAGAAGAGCGACCUGGUUCGAUUCCCCACAAGCGCACUCUUCCCGGACGGUCUUCCCGAUGAGUUCUCCUUCGUCUCCACCUUCCGGAUGUCCCCGGCAGCUCGCCGAGAGGACUGGCUCCUUUGGCAGAUCAGGGACCCUGCCAAGGUGCCGCAGCUUGCCUUCAGACUCAACGGUGAGCAGCGAGCACUUCAAAUAGUCUACGUGGACACAGAGAGACAGCUACAGAGUGUCAGCUUCAGGGAUGUGGAGGAGCUGUUUGACGGCGAUUGGCACAAACUGCACAUUAUCAUCCUGAACGACCGAGUGACCGUGUUCGUCGACUGCAAGAUCGUAUCGUCGACUCUGAUUUCCCCGCGCGGCGUCGUGGACUACAGCGGGAAAAUCAGCAUCGGCAGGACCCUCCAGGACGACCAGCCGGUUCCGUUCGAUUUGCAAUGGAUGAUCAUUCACUGCGAUCCGUCGAGGCCAGAGCGAGAUAACUGCGACGAACUCCCGCCGAAGACAGGCCCGACUCCUGGUACUUGUGAGCAGGUGUGUCCACCGGGACCAGCGGGUCCAGAAGGACCGACGGGGGCCCUGGGAGCACCAGGUCGACCAGGGCGAGAUGGGGACCCCGGCCUCCCUGGCCCAGCUGGGCCGGUAGGACCACGCGGUGUCGACGGAUUCCGGGGAUCACCAGGCUCGUCCGGACCACCUGGACCACCAGGCCCACGGGGUGACCCCGGACCCAUGGGCAUUGAUGGAGUGAAUGGAUCUCCAGGGGAAAAGGGCGAUAUAGGUGAACCAGGCCUCAUCGGACCAGUCGGUACGCCGGGUCAACCAGGUUUUCCUGGCCCACAAGGACCACAGGGACCUCCAGGCGAUUUAGGCAGCAUCCAGGAUCUGAUCACUGAGCUUGGUUUGCUGAAGGGAGAACAGGGCUCACCCGGUCUGCCUGGUUUGAACGGAGUUCCGGGAGAGAACGGUCGCAUGGGUCCACGAGGACCGCGUGGUCCCACAGGCCAAGCUGGUCUAAAUGGUGAAGACGGCACCAAAGGUGCUCAAGGCGCACGGGGCCCAGAAGGACCGCAGGGACGUCCAGGGCCUCCCGGUCCACCCGGUACACCCAGCACGGGAAGUGAGUUUACGCAACAGCCGACGGCAGUCGUGGGACCUCCAGGCGAGCCCGGACCUCCAGGACCUCGUGGUAUACAAGGACCGCAGGGCGAAUCCGGUGAGAGAGGCAACAUUGGUAGACCGGGACCCCCUGGGGCAAAGGGUGAGGACGGGCCGCAAGGUCCACCGGGAAAGAUUGGCGAAAGAGGGUCCCCGGGAAGUCAAGGGCUGCUAGGACAACCAGGGCCGCGUGGUGACAAAGGAGAGGCGGGAAUACAAGGUCUGAUCGGACAACAAGGGCCACCCGGUACAGUUGGACCGAGGGGUAAUGAUGGUCCUCGCGGAGCACCAGGGCCGAUUGGACUUCCGGGUCCGCCAGGUCCCACCGGCAGCAGAGGUGCCCCUGGGUUGUUUGGAAUGAAAGGAGAAAAGGGAGAUACUGGUGAUCAAGGACCUCGGGGCACUGACGGCAUUGACGGGCAAAAGGGUGAUCGAGGUGAAGAGGGCUUACCAGGAGAACGCGGUGUCCCUGGACCCAUGGGAACAGCCGGGCCCAUCGGUGACCCAGGGGAGAAAGGAGAAUCGGGCUUCCCGGGCCGUAAAGGAGACACAGGGAGCAUUGGUGAACGGGGAUUUCCUGGUCCAGCAGGCCCGAAGGGACAGACCGGAAUUUUCGGACCCGAAGGACCGAAAGGAGAGCGUGGUCAGCCCGGCAUACAAGGCAUCAAAGGCCAGCGUGGACCGAAGGGUAGAGAUGGCGGUCCGGGGAUUGUUGGCCCACCAGGGUUGAAAGGAUCCAUGGGCAUUAUGGGUUCUCGGGGUCCAAGAGGCGAUCCUGGACCGAAAGGGGAGAGGGGACCGCCGGGACCCAAAGGCACAGCUGGACGGCAGGGCGAGGAGGGGAAACCUGGACCUAUUGGCCCGCCCGGACUGGAUGGUCAGAAAGGAUUGCGAGGAGAUCCAGGAGCAAACGGCCAAGUCGGUCCGGGUGGCCCGCAAGGACCUAUCGGUGCACCAGGAGUCAAGGGCGAGGCAGGCCCGCGAGGCUACCAAGGCGACAGAGGAGAACCGGGCGCACCUGGUUUUACGCCAUCGGAUGAUGACAUUGCCAAAAUAGUCGAGAGGGUUCUUCAAAGUCAGAUGCAGAACAUCGCCUCUCGGCUGACCGGCCCUCCUGGCCCACCCGGGAAGACGCUGCGGGGAAAUCCUGGUCUGCGCGGUACCCCGGGGCCCAGCGGCAACCCAGGCAACCAGGGCUCGCCAGGCGAACCUGGCCGGCCCGGAGGACCGGGACCUCGCGGUGAUCCAGGACUCUCCGGCCCGCCAGGUCAACGUGGUGCGCGGGGGGAUAAAGGAAGCAAGGGCUACGGUCGAAGAGGAUUCCCCGGUCACAUGGGCCUUCAAGGAAUCCCGGGCAAUCCGGGCAUCGGCAAGGACGGGAAAGACGGUCCACAGGGGCCGCGCGGCCCACAAGGGCCGGCCGGUCGGAGAGGUCCCUCGGGCCCGCAGGGUGCAGCCGGCUACUGUGAAUACUGCAACUACCCCGGCGCGCAGCAGCUCGUCAACCCGUACCCGUACCAGCCGUAUGUGGACCUCAACAACAAAGCUGGCUAAAAUCGCUGCUGCUUGGUUCUUUUUUGAUCCAAAGUUUUUGAUGUUUUCUGUAAGUAUUCUAGAGAAGAUAAUGUAGUCCGGAUGUUGUCAGAAACUCCAACAACGAUAGUCACCACCGCCCUCAAUUCUCUUGUAAAUACAAUGUGAAUCCUGAAAAUUUAACCGGAUUUCGUGAUUUGGUUCUUUAUAAGAAUGGACUGAUCUUAGGUCUUUUGGGAGUAAUGUUUACCCCGUGGUAUUAUAAAAGUUUUUUUUAUAAAUAAGUAGACGUAACAACAGUCGUUCCUCUGCCUAACAGAUUUAGGUGCUCAUAAGGAUUUUGCUCAAUUCUUGCAGUUAAUCGAUUGCAAGCUAUCAUUUUGUUAUUCAUCAAAUUCUUGUGCUUCAUAUGGUGCUAUAUACCGUGUGUUUCAUAAAUAUUUUUGUUGUUUGUGGUAGUUGUUAUUUUUCAGUUCUUAGAGUGACAGAAUCCCAUAGAGGCAUACACUUUUCACAUUUGUUCAUGAGAAUAUAAUUUUGUUUAACUAACAAUUUGCACUGGAGUAUCCAAUCACUUUUAGCGUAGCGAAUGUUAAAAUUGCACUGUUACUAAUUCUAUUUUGUUUCUGCAUUUUAGAAGUAGUGAAUACUGAACAAAAGGUAAAAUUCUCCUAUCUGUACAUUAACAAACCGCAGACUGUUAUUGUUGGUUGAAAGUCGUGUAUUGAUUUUAGGCCUAUCAUUUUCGUAAAUUUGCGGAGUUCACUUUGUACAUUAACAUUGAAGUGCUUUGCAUGAAGAAAUCAUCCACAGUGCCUUGUAUAUUAUGCAGCGUAUUGUAGGCCUAUUAUUACAUGUAUCAGAGAAUUUCAACACUCGGAAGAUUCUUUUUUUCAAAAUGGAACUGUCUAAAUUUUGUAACCAAUUUCAAUGCUACAAACUAUAAUUGAGCAAGUGAUAAGCUAUUUUUUCCCUAUAGUGCGCUCUGUCAUGAUUGUCUUCGCCAGUGACAGCCUUUCGUGUAGCGCGAAUCACAGAAAUUCAUCGUAGGUUACCGUGUAUCAGAUUGACCCUUCGGGUGUCGAAUUAUCGGUCUAACUUUGUUAGAGAAUUUUGGUUGUCCCUACAUCCGGGAAAUGCGUAUGCAGGUUGAUGUGAAUUCACGGUGAUAAAAUUAUUCAAAUAUAAAACAAAUCGAUUAUUUAGUUGGUCAUUUCUUCUACAAACCACAAGUGAGCAGUAUAAAAUUGGAAGUGACAAUUAAUUAGCAAGACAGACCAAGAUGUUGCAACUCAAAAUAUUAAUAGGAUCAGGAAAUAACUAUCUUUAUUAAAUAAAGAGCUUGGACAGCGGCGCAAUCAUA